GAUAGAUUAUUGGUUUAGAAUAGGUUCAGAAGAUGAUGCUUUGACCAAGUUAAAUUCAGAUUUGGAUGUGAUGACCAUGGUGUGUUGUGUACCAGAUGAGAGGUUAGUGAUUCUAUACCUAGAUCACAUAUAUGAAGGUGAUGAAGACGAUAAUGAGGAGGAUGAGGUGUACAUGUAUCCAGCUGACUUUGACUUUAUGUUUAGUCAGUCUGGAUCUACUGGUGUGGUGAUUGAAGAGCUCCCUGAUGAGCCUAGACAGAAGCCGACCUGUGUGAUUGAGGAGAUAUUUGAUGAUCCCAAGAAGCUUACUAAUGAGACUAGGAAGCCAAAGAGAAGUACUGGCAUAGUUAUAAAAGAGGUUGAUGAUUGCACUCUUACGCAAGGCAGCAAGGUUUCUGAUGCAAAUCCAAAAGAGAAGGGGAAAGGAAAACUGUUUCCUGAGGCUAGGGCAGAUGAGGUUAGUGGUUUAGAUGAAGAGGGUUUACAUGACAUAGACAUUCUUGACUAUAUGCAGUCUUUUGGUUGCAUGCCUAGUCAAGAAAAGAGAGUUGAAGAUGAGUUUGAGGAGGAUGAUAGUGAAAAGGAUGAAGACUACAUACCUGCUUUUGAGGAUGAGGAUUAUGAUUAUGGGAUUGUUGAUGAUGAAGAUGAAGUGUUAGAUGAACAGAAUAUAGGGUUGGAGGUUAAUGCAAUUGGUGAGUGGUUGGGACCAAGCAUACAUGGAAGUGAAACACAUAAUGUGGAGUUCGAUAGUGGGGCGGAAUUUCAAGAUAAUGAAGAGAUGUUUGGAGUUGCAGAUUCAGAUGAAGAAAGACCUGGGCCAGCUUUGAAUUCUGAUGGUGAAGAGGAUGUCAUUUUUCCAGAGUUUAAUCCCAAGACAGAUAUGCAAAAUCCAGUUUUCUGUAAAGGGAUGAUAUUUGGCACAUCUGCAAUUUUGAGAGAGGCUAUAAGGGAGAGAGCUAUUAGAGAUGGUUGGGAGGUCUACUUCAUUAAAAAUGACAAAACAAGAGUGAGGGCUAUAUGUAGGGCACAAGAUUGUCCAUUUGAGCUCUAUGCAUCUAGAAUGCAGCACGAAAGCUCUGUACAGAUCAAGACAUAUGAGCAUGAACACAAUUGUUCUAGAAAGUUUGAGUCAUGCAUGUUGAGCGCUAAGUACUUGACCAAGCGCUUCAUGGAAAGAAUCAAGCUAAACACUGGAUGGAAGACAGAGUCUUUGGCUCAGACCAUGUCUUCGGAAGUUAGAGUGAAGGUCUCCAAGCAGAUGGCAUAUAGAGUGAAGAAGGCAGCCAUUUUGGCGUUGGAGGGAACAAUUAAGGAGCAGUAUGCAAGACUUAGAGAUUAUGGGAAUGAGCUGAAAAGGGUGGACCCCUCAACAACCAUUGAUAUUAAGUGUGACUUCAACAACUCUAACAAGGAUCCGGUGUUCAAGAGGAUGUAUAUUUGUCAUGGAGCUCUGAAAAAAGGAUUCAAAGCUGGUUGUAGAUCUGUGAUUGGCUUGGAUGGUUGCCAUUUGAGGUCUGCUUUUGGUGGCCAACUAUUGAUAGCUGUGGGAAUAGAUGCCAACAACACCACUUGGGUAAUUUCCUAUGCCAUGGUUGAAAUGGAGAGCAAAGACAGUUGGAUUUGGUUUUUAGAGCUUCUAUGCAAGGACCUCAGUAUAAGGGAGGAUGGAGCAGGUUGGACUUUCAUCAGUGAUAAGCAAAAAGGGCUUCUCCCUGCUUUUGAAGAGGUUGUGCCAUCUGCCCACAUUAGAUGGUGUGUUAGGCAUAUGUGGACUAAUUUUACCAAGUUAUUUCCUGGGAAGGUGUUGAGGGAUCAGAUGUGGGCUUGUGCAAAGUCAACUACAAUUCAUUUCUUUACAAAAGAAUUGGAUGAGAUGAAGCUGCUCAAUAAUGAAGCAUACAAAUGGAUGAUGCAUGAGGACAGGCCAGCCAAGCAUUGGUGUCGAGCACACUUCAACACAUGUUCGAACUGUGACAUUAUGAUCAAUAAUUUAUGUGAGAGCUUCAACAGUUACAUAUUUGACGCUAGAGGAAAGCCACCUGUUAGUAUGUUUGAGGAAAUUAGGGGGAAACUUAUGAAGAGGAUACAGUUGAGAAGGGAAAAGAUGCAAUCAAUGGUGGGAAAUAUAUGCCCCAAGCCGAGAGAUAUACUAGAAAAGAACAAGGUGAAGGGUGCCGCUGAUUGUAUUCCAAAUCUGAAUGGUGGUGACAUUUGUGAGGUGGAGAAUAUUGAAGGCUCAAAGAAUGUGGUUGACCUCAAUGCAAGAACCUGCACAUGCAGAAGGUGGGAAUUAAGUGGUGUUCCUUGCAAGCAUGCAGUCUCGGCUAUAUACCAUAAGAGGCAUAGUCCGGAAGACUAUGUUGCUGAUUGUUACUUGAUCAAGACUUACAUGUCUAUCUAUGACAAUCUAAUCCAACCUAUUAAUGGAAUGGAGAUGUGGAGUAGAAGUGAAGAGGCCUGCAUACUUCCUCCACAGUAUUCAAGACAGCCCGGAAGGCCAAAAACAGUACGGAGAAGGGAUGCAUCAGAGAAGUUGGCUGGAAAUGGAACAAAGCUUGGAAGAAUCCAAAAGUCACUUAAGUGUGGGAACUGUGGAAGAGUUGGCCACAAUGUGAAAACAUGUCACAGGCAUCUUCCUCCAAAGGAUAAGAAUGCUGCAAAUAAGAAGAGGAAGAUGAACAGUGGAGAUGAUUCUUCAACUCAGCCUAAACCUGGAAAAAAGCCACCAUUGAGUAAAAAUGAAUUGAGGAAAAAGCAUUUACAAGUGGCAGAAUAUCAAAGGAAGAAGAUGGCUGAAUUGAAGGCAUCAAGGAAACAAGGAGCCAAAGCUACUGCUGCCACAACUGCCAAAGCUGCUGCCACAUCUACCUCAACAAGCACAAGGCCUCCACCUUCAACCAAAGCAUCAAAGGGUCAAGCUCCAAUAGCUUCCAAAUCAUCUCAAAGGACCAGGGACAAUUCUAAACGAGGGGGAAAAUAGGAAAGAGAAGUAGAAUGUCACAUUAGCAAGCUCUACCAUUUUUUGUCCAACCAUGUUUUGUGUAACUUGGUUGGUAGCUCUAAUGCCCUUUUUGUUAACAUGAUUAGAGCUAUUUGAAAUGCAAACCUAUGUUAUGUUGCAAACAGAUUUGAGCUGCUAAGUCUUUUGGAAAUUUAAGAAACUUUCAUGUUUCGUAUGAAUGUUGUUUAAUUUUUUAUUUUUUUUUGGAAUGUUGUUUAA